AUGUCUUCAUCUGUUGGAUUCGUGCCCUUGAUGGGCGUCACCGGCAUCGCUGCCCUGUUGGUGGGCAAGUACUCCGAGAGCAUCGACACAGCUACGGCUCUGCAAGUGGCCCUGCUCGUGGCAACUGUUUCGUAUGUCUUGUACUGCAGCUGGAUCUAUCCCCUCUACCUCUCGCCAUUGAGGCACAUUCCCACCGUGCCCGGGUUUCCUCUCUGGGGCCACUUCUACACCAUCAUCACGUCGGAAUGUGGCGUGCCGGCGCGCGAGUGGCACCAGAAAUAUGGCCCUAUCGUGCGCUACUUCUUCCCCUUCGGUAGCGAACGGCUGUCCAUUGCCGACGACGACGCCAUCAAACACAUGACGGUCCGGAACCCGUAUAAUUACCCGAAACCUGAGCGAGCCCGGAAAUGGAUGAUGCCAGUCUUGGGCGAAGUAGGCGUGCUCCUCGCUGAGGGCCAGGCCCAUGUUACACAACGGAAAGCGCUGACGCCCGCCUUUUCGAUCACGUCCAUUCGGUCUCUAAUGCCCAUCUUCUGGAACAAGUCGUUGCACAUGGCGGAGCUUUGGGAGCAGGAGAUGGUUGACGAGAAGACCGAGAGCAAAAGCUUCGAAGUUUUGGAGUGGCUCAACCGGACAACUCUGGACAUUAUCGGCCGCGCCGGUCUGGGAACGGACAUCGACUCGCUCGAUAACCCGGAGACGCCUCUGAGGGAUGCGUAUCGCCGCUGCUUCAGCUUUGACCUCGAGGCUCGUAUCCUCAACGGCCUCGCGGCGUUUACGCAGCUCGUUCGCAUACUGCCUGCUCGCACGAACCGUGACAUCGUCGUGGCUAGGAACAUUAUCUUAAGCCGCGCCGAGGCCAUCAUCAAAGAGAAGCAAGCCAACGCCGGCACCGUGCAGAAGAAACCGGCUCAGAAGGAUAUCAUCGGCCUCAUCGUCCGGGACAACAUGACCGCGAGCAAGGAGGACACAUUGACAAUCGAGACCAUGCGGAACCAAGUCAUGACCUUCCUUGGUGCCGGACACGACACAACCGCAACGUCUGUGGCAUGGACGCUCCUGAUGCUGGCCAAACACCCAGAUGUGCAAGCCAAAUUGCGCGAGGAGAUCCGCUCUCAGAUGCCCUUCCUCUUUGACCCAGACGCCCGACAGGACAGCGAGACCAUCGAGAAAGCCGACGUCGACCUUCUGCCCUACCUCGAGGAUGUCUGCAAAGAAUCUCUGCGCUACAUCCCGUCAAUACCCAUGACUGUCCGUCGCACGAUCGCUGACGACCAUCUCGGAGGGUACUUCAUUCCUGCGGGAACGGUCGUGUAUCUCAUGGCCAACGCCAUCAAUCAUCUCCCCAUGUACUGGGGCGACACCGCCAACAAAUUUGACCCGUCUCGCUGGAAGAAUCUCCCACCAACAUACACGACGAAUGCUUUCAUGACCUUCCUACAAGGUCCACGAGGCUGCGUCGGGCGCAAGUUCGCCGAAGUGGAGAUGAAGACCAUCUUGUGCUCUCUGUUGAGCAAAUUUCACUUCGAACCGGACAUGUCAGUCCAAGAUCCCGAGGAACUGAAGAUGUGGCGCCUUGUUCUGCGACCUCGCGAUGGCAUCAGCUUGAAGGUGACCAAGCUGAAAGAGUGA